AUGCCGUCUGCCGCGACUGCGAGGGCUUCCGUCGAGAUGCCAUCUGCGGCUGCGACUAAGGCUACCGCUGCGAGGGCUUCCGCCGCGUUGCCAUCCGUCGCGUUGCCAUCUGCGACUGCGACUAUGUCCGUUGUUGCUGCUCGUGAGGCCGACCCUCUGCAAUCCGCCCUAACCCCUGGUGCGGCUACGACUGCUGCUAAGGCCGCCGCGUUGCCGUCUGCGACUACUGCUAAGGCUGCCGCUGCUGUUCGCGAUGCCGACUCUUUGCAUUCCGCCCUAACCCCUGGUGCGGUUAGUCCUGGUGCUAUUCUUGGGAGCUCUGCGGGGGUUUCAGAUGGUGGUACAGUGCUUCCUGCACCCUCUGCAGCCGAUCGGGGUACUCGUGGCUUACGGCCUGUGGCGGUUUUUGUUUGCAAACCUCUGGUUUUCAAGGUGGUGGCACAGGUUCCUCAGACUGAGGGUACGCCUCCUGUUUCUGGUGUUGCUGUGCCUCAGGAAUGUGUGAAUGCAUGCGGUGGCACCCCGAGUGAGAAAAAUGAUUCGAUGGAUGACCCUCCCGCAUCUCAGAUUGUUGUUGGAUCUUCUGCUGUCUCUGCCUCUGUGGAUGUUGGCUCUGCUCAUCCUGAUGAUGGGAGAUCCUCUAUUCUGGACCCUUCUUCUUGGCAAAAGGCUACUGCUAGGGUUGUGCAACAACAUUAUGGCAAAGGUGAUAGUUCGAAGUUUUGCAAAUUCGUUCUUAAACUUGAAGAAGUGAGUGCUCAUAAUGUAUUCCUCGAACUCGGGUAA